CACCACAGCAACACCAUACGAGUCUCUCUUUGUUUUUCCUAUCGGCAACCUUUUUACAGCUUUUUGGAAGUAGUAGCUUCUCCUGCGUAAUUAUUAGCAGGUCGAUAGCAAAGAAAAAUCGCUGAUCAAGUAGACGAACCUAUACAGGUGCGGGAUAAAAGUAGUCCCCCAUGGUCACAAGAACUUUUACUUUUUGCGACACGAUCGUGGUAGACUUGUGUAAGAAGGAGCAUUUUUAUUCUUGUAGCGUCAUAUUAAAUUACACGACAAAUUGAUAGUAGGCCAAGAGAACUACAUCAAACCCAGUACAAGAAGCAUUAUACUUAGAUACAAAACCGAAACACCCUUCUACGGCCCUCUUCACCUGCUCGCGCACAAGACACAAGCGCCGAAAAUGGACGCGCUUUUCGGGGACCUGCAGACCGAUUUGGAGAACGAAUCGUGGGCCAACGCGUUGGAAAUCGCGGAAGAAAUUCUGUCCCAAUGUGACGAGAAGCCCGCGGAAAAAGCAGCGGCCGCGGAGGCGAGGCUGUACGCUUUCGUAAAACUCGGCCGGUUUACCGACGUGGUCAAGGAAGCCGAGGAAAGCGACGCGGCAGGGAGAUUGUUGAAGGCGUAUAGAUUUAGAUUGAUUUUUGUUGUUCAUCGGCGAUGAAAUCGUGUUAAUCUGACAUCUUUGAUCUGUAUCCUGUGCUGAUCGGAAUUGAGACUACUUUUGCUUUCAGUUGAAUUUAACGCAUGAACCUCCCUAUUCGCCCCGGUUAGAGCCCAUUUCCUCUUUUAUUACUCUACUCAUGAAAAAUAAAAAAAUUCAUCUCUAUCUGGUUCAACAUGAAUUUUUUAGCUACGCCCAGUACCGACUUGGGCAAUUCUCGGAAGCGAAGGCCCUCCUCGGAGGUGCUGCUGCAUCCAGCGACGACCCAUUUGUGAGAAACCUUCUCGCUCAAAUAGACUACCAGCAAGGAAAUUUCUCUUCCGCGGAGAAAGUUUUUGCAGCGCUCGCCAAGGACGGACAGGAAGACGCGAAUUUGAAUUUAGCCUGCGUUAUCAAAUGCAACAAUGUCUCGGUCUGGAAAGUUGCAACUUGUGAUGCGUGUUUCGGAUCCUACAAAGAUCUGUGAUGCAGAACGUGCAAAAAGUGCCCACUUCUGGCCAUGCUGACGGGGCAUUUCUCAUGCAGAAUACGCAUCACCAAGGAGCUGCAGAACCUGUGAUGCUAGGCCCUGCAUUCCAGACGUGGGGGAGCUUGGAAAAACUGCAUUACAAGUCUCAGAAUCUUCCAGACCCAGACAUUUCUGCAUUUGAUAUGCGUGCAGGAAGCAAGCUCGGCGGCGGGACUGGGCCUGGGGGUGCUGAAAAAGUUCCACGACCUGGCACCGAAACAGUAUUUGGAUUUUACACUGCGAUAGAGAAGAUAGAAGACUCUUGGAGGUUGUGUUUCUUGUAUGGUUGCAUGUUGUUUUUUUUCCGUCGUAGCUGCAAUGUGAAUCUUUGCAAGGGAAAUGCAAAUAUAAUAACCACGGCCCGGGUUUUGUUCCUGAACCUGAAGAAAGCAAAGAAAUUUAUUCCCGCACGACCACAUUGGCAAUGUAUCCCAUUCUCUCAGGUGGGUGUCGCAAUACAACAUUGGGUCCGCGGAACUGGGGGCAGGACAGCUCAACGCCGCACUGAAAUCUCUCCUGAAUGCACUCGCUGGCUGCAUGAAGGACCCGUCUCACAGGGAAGAGGUACAGGUAGUGUUGCUUCUUGUUCUUCACAACAUCGCGUUUGCAUUUUUGGUCACCCGAAGUAGUAGAAGUAGUAACUAACGGAAGAUCGAAUUCUGAUUCUACAGGACCUCUCCCAGAUCCGAGCGCAGCUGGGGGUAGUUUACCAAAAGCUGAACCAAGAGAAACAAGCCACAGCGAACUACGAAAAAGUAGCACCAAGCAGUAGUCUCACGAACCUGGUGGUCACGAACAAUCAGAUGGCGCUGAAGGUGGCCCAUGACACGAGCAAGUGCAAUGAGGCGAUCAAGAAGAUCACGAAUGCGGUGUCCAGCUGCAGUACUACAACCAGUGCCGCGUCUUCGAGCAGCACGGCGAUAAGUAAAACCGUCCUUGAUUCCACCUCGUUUAACAAGGCGGCGCUGCUGGUGAUGGGGAAAAAGGAAGCAGCGGUGGAGGCGUUGAAGGAAAUGGAACCCAGCAGCAAAAAAAUCGUGCUAGAGGCGAGUCAGGCGUUUCUCAAGAAGGAUUUGGGUCUGUGCGAGCAAAUUCUGAUAAAAGGCGGCGAAGGUGGGCGUGGGGAAGACAGUGCCGCUGCCGUCAGUGCGCUAGGUAUAAAUUAAUAUGCUUGUUUGGAAGUGUGCGUGCUUCCAUGGACUGUAUUUGAGGUUGAGAUCGUUCAGCAGCAGGUGGUACAAAUUGAGUCAAGGAGGCCAGCAUAGUACAACCUCAAUUUUCAUACAACAGGCGAAUUCUACUCCACGCACCUGAAGGACGAACAGAAAGCCAUCGCGUACUAUAUGACCUGCUCAAACGUUACAACCUCAAACGUUACAAUAGAAUCGGGAUUUUGUCCUGCAUAAUGAGCAUGACAGACUCGCAGACCAUUCCACUUUCUGCAACACAAAUUUCGGCAGAUUGUAGUGCGGUUUGGGACGACUCCGGAACUUGUCAUGCGCAGUCCUAUGAGAGUUGGCUAGAUCAUGCAUUUCUUGCAUCACAGAUUUCCAGACUCUAUUGUAACGUUUGAGAUUGUAACGUUUGAGCAGGUCAUAUACUACUCCAAGCUCCCCGCCGACCAGAGGCUGGCGGCUUUGGACACACUGUGCGCGUUUGCCUGGAAGCAAAAAAAGCCGGAGGAAGUGUUGCGACAUUUGAGGGAAGCCAUGGAAUCGGUGAAGGCAGAUGCGGAGAAACUGAAGGUAUUGAUGCUGAUACUUCUGAUAAAUGUAAGUACUAGAUUGAAGAUGUACUGGCAUGCGUAUAUGCAUGACAGAGUGUGUUUCUCAUGCUCUCGGUACAUUUUUCAUACUUGUGAACUGAAAAUGAAAAUUCCAUCAGACCGUCCUCCAAACCGCUUUCAAGUGGGCAAAGAACCACCUUCACGACGCGGCCUUCCAGCAGGAAAUCACGCAGCUUUACCUCGAGCAGAUUGACAAAAGCGACGCGUUUUUCCUCCAGCAGCGGGUUUUCAACCUCACCUGCGGGUCCUCAGCGGCACGAGGACCACCUGGCGGGAAGAUGACUAGUUCGAACAGUAAAAGCACAGGAGCUGCUGGUAGUGCAACUGUUCCACCAGCUAAAGACGCGCUGGAGAAAGGGUUUCAGCUCGCGAUCGACCUGUUUGAGAAAAACAACAACGACAGCGCAAUGGACUUGGAUUUUGAAGAACUGGAGCAACAGGGCAUCCCCACGCGGCUGAUGGCGAAGGCCAAGAGUCUGUCUAGCACGACCGCAGGAACUGCUACUGCUGGGCCUGACGGUAUCACAGGAAAAAAUUGUUUCACUGUGAUGGUUUUGCAAGAUCCGCAUCACAAGUUUGCUACACAUGACACAGAAAAUUUGUCAUGCGUGCUUCGGCAAACACGCUUAAAAAUCCAAUGCCUUGCAGGUGUAGCAAGACAAAUAGUUCUGUGUAUACACUCUGUGCAUCACAAGUUCACCGUGAAACAGUUUUUUCUUGCGAUAGACGGCCAGGCCGGAGUGAAGAAGAAGCGCAACCGGAAGCCCCGAUACCCGAAGGAUUUUGACCCGAAAAAUCCGGACAAGUUUCCCAAGCCCGACCCAGAGAGGUGGCUGCCGAAGCAGCAGAGGUCGUACUACAAGGCGCCGAAGGGAAAGCGAGGCAACCGAAACGUGAUCAAGGGGGGCCCCCAGGGCGCGGUCACCGGUGGGAAUGCGGAGAAAACCGGGCCGUCUACCCUGCAAAACACAAAGAUCGAAACGGAGGUGGUGGCGCGAAAAGCGAAUAAGAACAAGAAGAAAAAGAAGUGAGAUUGAAAGCGGAUGCAACUUCGGAACAGUUGCUCGCUUUUUCCUUCCAGUAAGUUCGAUGAUGAGACCCGCCCAGUACUAGUGCUGUUGUUUUUCUUUUUACCCCACCUCCUGAGGACUUCCGCAGUCGUGAGUGUUAAAAGUCAGAACCACUUCUGUUACGACUUGCCUUACGACUUGCCCUUUGUUCAAUAUUUUCAUCAUGACCCGAGUUACAACCCGACGACAAAUCAUAAACCCAAAGUUUUCAUCUCUACGGGAGAAGAAAGUCCAGUAUAAUCAGAGGUGCAGCGUGAUAGAUAGGAAAAAGAGCCUUCGUGCGUCGAGUUCUUCGACCCGGAUGGCAUAUGUGCC